AUGUCCAGUCUUUCCGUGCAAGGCCUGCAAGCACCGCGGAACUUAUCUCCAGUGUCUUUCAAGUCAAAAGCCGCAGCGGAAAUUGUGCUGGAAAGCUUGAAGUUCAGUGGCAUGCAGCCAGCAAAUCCAGCAACUAUUCGUUGGCGAGGGGUUUUGGCCAAAUGCAAGCUGCAUUGGCAGGCAGCAAUAAGUGUGCUUCGGACAAUGGUGCUCGUCUGGGUUGAACCAGAUGUCACACACCGCAACGCCGUUCUCAGUGCGUCUGUCGUAAGCCAAGAGUGGCAGCAGAGCACAGCAGCCUUUGAAAGGAUAUCUCAGCAGAACUCGAAGCCAGACAUCGUUUCAGUCACUACAAUGAUGGGGCUUGCGAGCGAGCGGUGGGCAUUUGGUUUGGACAUGCUCUUGCUCUUGGACCUCAAUGGGUUGCAGAUGGACAGAAUCGCUUGCUGCGAGGUUAUGAAAUCACAUAAGAGAUUCUCUUUGUGGACCCUGAGUUUGCUAAACCUGGCUCGGAUGUCCGAGACCAACAUGCAGAUUGACUCCGUCAGCUGUGCUCAUUUCAUGAGCGCUUGCAGCGAUUGCAGCCAGUGGCGGCUGACAUUGCGUGCGGUUAGUUGGAUGGCAAAGCCAGAGUCCCCUUGUGAAACUGGUUUAUUGCCAUUCAACAUAGUUCAAAGCAGUUACGGCCAUUCUGAAUGGGAAUACGCAGCAGUAGGGCUGGAGCAGGCACGCCAUUCUCGACUACAUCCUGAUGAGGUUUCGUUGUGCGUUACACUGAAAAAGCAAAGCCAUCAACACUGGUCGCUUGCGACAGGUGUCUUUACCCUAUGCAAAAUGCGUUCAUGGAACGUGAGACCCAACAUCAACUGCUUCAACUGCGCCAUGGCUACAAUAGCGCACAUAUGCACCAGCAGCAACAGCAGCAACAGCGGCUGGUCACGAGUUUUGGAGUUUCUGCGCAGCGUGCAGCAGCAGCUGAUCUUUCCCGACACGGUAACUCUCAAUACAUGUCUGGCGGCUUUUCGCUCACUAGGCUCACCAGAAAAGUGGGCGGUGCCUCUUUGCUUGAUACAUGCUGCUAGCAUUCAGCCAGACGCAGUCACGUGGCUGUGUGUCAUGGAGCCAUUGGAGUUCUCUGAGAGCUCAUGGAGGAAAGCGAUCCAGCUUCUUCGGCAGUUGCCAGUGCUGCAGCUACGACCAUCAGCACACUGCGCUAGCGUUGUAAUGAAAUGCUGCAAAAGUAUGGGUCUUUGGAGGCUUUCGCUUGAUUUGUUAUCGGGUUUAGCAGAUCAGAACGACCGCAGUGCAGCUACAGCUACUUGCGCUGUUGCUUCCUGCUGGCAGCUUGCGAUGUACCUCACUAGCAUUGAAAGGUGGCGGCUGCAACAAGAUGUAAUUUCACUGAAUUCUGGCUGCUCCGUGUUGGAAAGAAGCUCUGCAUGGUCUCAUGCAUGGGCUUUGUUGGAGUAUGCUUGUAAAAGAGGCAUUGAGCUGACUCAAGAAAGCCAUCGGCAAUCCAUGUCUUGUGGGAGCUCCAGGUGGGUUCAGGCCUUGGUUUGCUGGACAAGGCAUCGUGCCUGCUUUACACCAUUUACACCAGAGACAGAUAUUGCAAGCUGCAAUGCGGCCUUGUCUGCGACUGAGAAAGCAGCGCUUUGGUAUCGCACUCUGGAGCUCUGGAAGACGAUGUGUACGUGCCACAUCCAGCCGGAUGAAAUCAGCUAUAACGCUGUGAUCAGUUCUUGUGAGAAGGGCCAAUGGCAAAAGACAAAUUCAGGAAUGCAUGUGCACGAACUCACCAUGCGGAGUAAAGAGCUUCUCAUGCUUUGA